GGGCGCUCUGCCUUCCCCUCCUAAAACAGUGCACUGGUACCUCUCACUCUGCCCGUCACGUUGUGUACGGCGGCCUGACCCCCCAUGAACCUGCGACUUCCUCUUUCUCAGAUUUCAUGGCGAUCGGGAGAGAGGGAAGACCACCGACGCACGCAAACUGUCCAGACACCUCAACACGACUGAAAUACAUUUCUUGGGUGAGAUCUGAACAGACGUUGUGAGUUGCAGACAGAACAGACACUGAGUGGAUUCUCCUGCUGGUGUUGCUCAGUGGGUAGUAGUGGUUUCUCGUGCUGGUGUCCUGUUGAAGAGCCUCCUUAGUGCUCUGUGCUGUUGUCUUGCUGUGUCCUGGGUUAGGACUGCCAGCCUAUGGCUCUAAUGGACAAGCACAAAGUCAAGCGGCAGAGACUUGACCGCAUCUGUGAGGGCAUCCGCCCCCCCAUCCUGAACGGGCCCAUGCACCCCCGGCCCCUGGUGGCCCUGCUGGACGGGCGUGACUGCACCAUAGAGAUGCCCAUCCUGAAAGACGUGGCCACUGUGGCCUUCUGUGAUGCCCAGUCCACCCAGGAGAUCCAUGAGAAGGUGUUGAACGAGGCGGUGGGGGCUCUGCUCUACCACACCAUCACUCUCUCUAGAGACGACCUGGACAAGUUCAAAGGCCUCCGAGUCAUCGUCAGGAUCGGCAGCGGCUAUGACAACGUCGACAUCAAAGCCGCAGCUGAGCUGGGCAUCGCGGUGUGUAACGUGCCGGCGUCGUCGGUGGAGGAGACGGCUGACACAUCCUUGUGUCUGAUUCUAAACCUGUACCGUCGGGUCACCUGGAUGCACCAGGCCCUGAGGGAGGGCACCAGGGCCUCCAGCGUGGAGCAGAUCAGGGAGGUAGCCGGCGACGCUGCCCGCAUCCGGGGGGAGACGCUGGGCAUCAUCGGCCUGGGUCGUGUGGGCCAGGCGGUGGCUCUGCGGGCCAAGGCGUUUGGUUUCGGGGUGAUCUUCUACGACCCAUACCUGCCUGAUGGUGUGGAGCGCUCCCUUGGCCUGCAGAGGAUGGUUACCCUCCAGGACCUGCUCAUCCACUCUGACUGUGUCUCUCUACACUGCAGCCUCAACGAACACAACCACCACCUCAUCAAUGACUUCACCAUCAAACAGAUGCGUCAGGGAGCGUUCCUGGUGAACUCUGCGCGGGGGGGUCUGGUGGAUGAGAAGGCUCUGGCUCAGGCCCUGAAGGAAGGACGUAUACGAGGAGCCGCGCUGGACGUCCACGAGACAGAGCCCUUCAGUUUCUCACAGGGCCCUCUGAAAGAUGCUCCCAACCUCAUCUGUACCCCCCACACCUCCUGGUACAGUGAGCAGGCCUCCAUCGAGGCCAGAGAGGAGGCUGCCAGGGAGGUGCGCCGUGCCAUCACUGGUCGUAUUCCAGACAGUCUGAAGAACUGUGUGAAUAAGGAGUAUCUGAUGGCAGCGUCACAGUGGCCCAGUAUGGAGGUUGCGACAGUCCACCCCGAACUCAACAUAGCCUCAGCAUACAGGUUUCCUGCAGGUCUGAUAAGCGUGGCAGCAGGAGGUUUGACAGGGGCAGGUGCAGGGGUAGAGGCUCUGGCCCUGGCUCACGCCAUCGCUCCUGUGUCCCAUCCCCCCCACGCCCCAUCGCCAGGGCAACCCAGCAAGGCUGAGGCAGACAGAGACAUCUCCUCUGACCAAUAGCACCCCAACAUUCCUCCAUCACCCCUGGAAACCAACAACCCACCCCCUCCCACCAUUUUCAUCAUUACCACCAACCCUCCUCACCGACCUCAGGCAGAUUUACACUGGGGUCCCGGUUUGAUCCGGUUUCAGCUGGAUCCUUCAAAACACAGUACCAGUCCAGGAGUGACCCGCCCGUCCACAACAUGCCCCCUCCCCCCCCCCCCCCCCCCCGGAACCCCUUCCUCGGACCUCCCUCAACCCCUCCCCCUUACCUCCAUAUCCCUCCACACCAACACACCUUCAGCAAUAACUCUCUUCUCAAGGAUUCAAUAAUUGGAUUGGUAUAUUUCUUGAGUUGUAUUUUUAUUUUGUAUUUUUUUGGUGAAAGCAAUUAUUUUUUUGCUGUUGAUCUGUUAUGAUUGUAGGUGUUUUUGUUUUGAGUAGCAUCUCUGCAGAGGCUGGACCGUGAGGCUAGCUGUUUUCUCCCUGGUUGUUUUGAUCAGUGAGAGAGGUUUGGCCCAUCUCGCUCUCUCUCUGACGUCUCUCUCUCUCUCUCAGACAUCUCUCUCGCUCUCUGACCUCUCUCUCUGACAUUUCUCUCUCUCUGAUCUCUGACAUCUCUCUCUGACAUAUCUUUCUCUGACAUCUUUAUCUGACAUCUCUAUCUGACCUCUCUCUCUCUCUCUCUCUGAUCUCUCUCUGUGACCUCUCUCUCUCUCUGAUCUCU